ACUAGAGGGUGACCCGGAGGAUGGCGGCCGGCGCGGCCCUUGCCUUGGCCCUGUGGCUGCUACUGCCGGAGGCGCGGGUGGGAGAGGCGGGACCUCCGCCCAUCCAGGACGGCGAGUUUACAUUCCUGUUACCGGCCGGGAAGAAGCAGUGCUUCUACCAGUCCGCGCCCGCCAACGCGAGUCUUGAGACUGAGUACCAGGUGAUUGGAGGUGCUGGGCUGGACGUGGACUUCACGCUGGAGAGCCCUCAGGGUGUGCUGUUGGUCAGUGAGUCCCGUAAGGCCGACGGGGUGCACACGGUGGAGCCAACAGAGGCUGGCGACUACAGGCUGUGCUUUGACAACUCCUUCAGCACUAUCUCAGAGAAGCUCGUGUUCUUUGAGCUCAUCUUUGACAGUUUACAAGAUGAUGAGGAGGUGGAGGGCUGGGCUGAGGCUGUGGAGCCCGAAGAGAUGCUGGAUGUUAAAAUGGAGGACAUCAAGGAAUCCAUGGAGACCAUGAGGACCCGGCUGGAGCGUAGCAUCCAGAUGCUGACCCUACUGCGCGCCUUCGAGGCACGUGACCGCAACCUACAAGAAGGCAACCUGGAGCGGGUGAACUUCUGGUCCGCAGUGAAUGUGGCGGUGCUGCUUCUGGUGGGCGUGCUGCAGGUCUGCACGCUCAAGCGCCUCUUCCAGGAUAAGCGCCCUGUGCCCACAUAGCCCUGCCUUGGAGGAGGAAUGAGAUGGAGGGCCACCGGCAGUGUGUGAUAUGAGGGUUUCUCCCAGACUUGAGAGGGGGAGGCUGUAUAGUCAGGGCCUCAAGGAAUUGGCCCCAUGUGUCUGCUUCCCAUCCUGAGCCAGGCUGGGAGUGCCAAUGGCUUGGUUGUAGGCGUGGGCCCCCUGGAAAGGGCAGCUCAGUCACAGUGCCUAAUAUCCUGGAAGUUACACAUGAUAGGUGCUGCUGUGUGGGACUACAGCACUUGGACUUUCUGGUUCUUUCUGUAAUGUGCCUUAGCUCAAGUCUUCCAUCCAGGAGCAUGGGUCAAGAAAAGGUGACCCUACUCCCCCACAUCCCUGGCAGAAACCCCUUUCCUUUGCCUUCUCUUCUAGGUAUGGGAAAGCCUGCAGGGAAGAAGACAACAGCUGCAGAGUGGUUCCAGGGCAGUCACUUUAUUUGACAGGAAGGAGCCCUGGCCCCUCAACCUAGUAGAGAGGCUAGCUAGGGUGGGGGGUGGGGGGCGUAUCAGACCACCCAACCAUCCACCCCUCCUUUUCCCUGAAGGACCCCGGGCAGAGGCAGCUCCAACAAAGCCUGCCCCCACAAAGUAGUACUGUCCGCCCUGAGCACUGGAGUCAAUAAAUUAUGGGCAGAAAAA